CAACAUUUUUAUUAUCUUUACUUUUUUUUUGUACAUUUAUUACUUUUCUUUCCAGGUGCAUCAUGUAUAAUACCAGAAGCAAGUCAAGAAAGUAUACUUCAAUCCUUUAAAAGUUAUUCAGAUGUAGCUAUGUUUCAUUUCAAUGUUCCAAAGGAAGUACUUAGAGCAACAUGGCAAUUUGCAGCAUUCAUGGAUGGACCAAAUUGUCCCCAAAGAAAAGUGCACAUACACUUACGAUGGGGUAGUUACCCUGUGUUAUCUAUUGAUAAUAUGACAUUUCCAACAAAUAUGUAUCCACUAAACAAUGAUACACUGGUAAUUUCAACUGAUACAUUUUUUGAACCAAAGACUAUGGCUGUUAUACCAGUUUAUGGACCACAAGCUGGGGAUUGGUUUGUGGCAGCAUAUUUAUCUCAUUGGGAUAAAAAAGUUCAACAACAAGGCCUUGUUCACAAAUGCCAUUAUAGUAUAGGUUCUGUAGCUUUAUGGGUAGGAGCAAAUAAUAUACAAAAUAUACCUGUGGGUUAUCAAACUACUCUGAAGACAAAAGAAACAUCUUCUUAUUACAAGAUAUAUGUGCCAUCUGGAAUAUCAACUUUACGUGUAUACAUUUGGGGAUGUAAUUUUACUGUGCAUUCCUUUCGUAAUGUAUAUAAACCUUGUAUUAAGAAUAUAGCUUUGCAAGGUCGUGUUUUACCAAUAUAUAAUAAUACUCCUUCAAGUAAUAUUGGAAAUUUGACCAUGCUAGAUUCUUAUACAUUUACAAUAUCUUCUCCAUAUGAAGAUAGUUACUAUUAUUUGUUAAUUAUUUCAGAUAGUAUAAUAGAAUUUAACAUCAAAGUUAGUAUUUCAGAGUGUCCUAUAAAACUAAUAGAGAAAGAGUUUAUAAAACAGUACUUAGAUGUGUCAUCAAUUACUGAAAAAGUGACACAAAUAUCAGCAAAAAAUCUGAAAGAACAACAAAUCUACAAUAUUUGGAAUCAUAACAUAAAUUCAUCUUAUGAUUUGAUAGAUCUGUAUAAAAAUCAGUUUUAUGUACAGAAGGAAAAUUCUGAUGAAAAGGAUAAAUGCUUUCCAAGAUAUCAACUUGUUAGAGUUAAACAUUCUCAAGUAUUUUCUUCAAGUUAUUUAUUGCAAGGAAGAGAAUGGUUAACUCCUUGGUUGGUAUUAAUGGACUCAUAUCCAAUAAUAAUACAAUUUAAUAUUUUACCUUUAGUAGAUAUUGGAGGUACUCUUGAAAUUAAUAUUCAUUUAGAAAUGUAUGAGACCAUGACAAAACAAUUAAUCGUUGUAGCUGUUUGUGUUCAAAAAGGUCAUGCACCUAAUAUAUUAGAAAACAAAAUUGUGUGUGAAGAUAAAAAACUAUUUAUGAACUUGUCUUCAUUAAGUAAACAUGAUGAAAGUAUAUUAAUACCAUAUCCACAACCAGAUACAUGGUAUAUUUCUUUACAGGCAACAUGUUACAUAAAUGACCAUCCUGUAAAUUGUGAAAUGGAAGAAAUUUUAGUAUUAUUGAAUAUUCAUACAAGACAAUGUGUAUUUUCUGGUAACAAUUCAUGUGGUUAUCAUGGGAUUUGUCAAGAAAUUCAUAGAAAUCUUCUUGUGUAUACAGCUUGUGAUUGUUUUGAAGGAUAUAAAGGAUGGGGCUGUACUGAUGUAAUUUCCACUAAUUCUGGACAUUUUGCUGUUAUAACAACAUUAAUGUUAACAUUAAGCAAUGGAUUCUUCAUACCAGCAAUAUAUUUAGCUAUAAAACGAGAACUUUAUACAGAAGGAUUGAUUUAUUUAUCUACUAUGUUAUCUUCUGCUUUUUACCAUGCCUGUGAUCAACGUACUACAAAUUAUUGUAUUACUAAAUUCGAAGUUUUACAAUACUGCGAUUUUUUUUCAAGUAUAUUAGCUUUUUGGGUAACACUUGUAGCUAUGGCAGGAUUACCUAUUCGUUUCGUAUCUUUAUGUCAUAUGCUUGGCGUUCUUCUUAUAACAUUUGAAGUGCAAUCUGAUAGAACAAGUUUAAUUAGUAUAUUGAUGCCUUUGACAAUAGGUAUCAUAAUACCAGUUGGAACAUACAUAUAUCGUAGUUAUUAUUUAAAAAGUUGGAAAAAACCUAACAGAUUAUCAAAGCUAUUAAUAGGCUUACUAUUAGCAGGUGUUGGUUUACUGCUCUUUUCUUUAGUUGAAACAGAAGCAAAUUAUCAAUAUGUUCAUAGUGCAUGGCAUAUGGUAAUAGCUAUAUCUCUAAUAUUUUUAUUACCACCUGCACGAACAGAGCAAUUAAACAACUCAGAUAUUGAUUCUUCUACAGAAGAUAGUGAGUUAUUAAACUAUAAAGAUUAUCCUGAAAGUCCAGUAUUUACAGUGAUAAAUAGGUAAGAGAAUUUAGUAAUUGUGUUCAGAUGAAUAGAAAAAGAAAAAGUUUUCCAUUCAAAACUUUCUUAUAAUUGCAUUAUGCCAAAAUAAUAUUAUAAUUGAUAAUUAAAACUAACAAAAUAUCUAUAAGUAUAGGAAUCUUUUAUGUGUUUGAUAAGGAAAAUAAGAACAUGGAGCCUCAAUAUAUUACAUAUAUGAUUUUUUUUAUUAAAAGAGCAUAUAUUAAUUUGUAAAUUCAACACAUUUCGUAUGUUGAAUAAGAUGCAUAAAAUUUGUAAUAGUACGAACUAUAAUAUAUAGGAAAUAUUAGCUCUUCUAAUAAAAAACGAUUAUGUGAAAGUAUGUGCAUAGUGCCUAAUAAAAUAUAUAUAAACUAUUUUAAUAAAUAUUGAGAUAUAUAUUAUUCUAAUUUAAUAAUAAUGUUUUUUAAAGAAAAAAUUAUCUUACUAAUAAUUAAAUGUACAUUUCUUUUUUUAAAUGAAAAAAUUGCAAUUUCUUUAUAUAGUUCCUAUAAACGUAACGAUAAACUUAAAUUAAUAUGCACGCAUUAAGGAGUAUAUAUUUA